UGGGCAUGCUCCGCAGCGGCGCAGGUUUUGGACACAAGUAGGAAGAAGCCAGUGCAGGACACCGGCACCGAGAAUCGGGAGCCGCCACCGGCGACUUAAAGCCGAAGCAGGCGAUCGUCGGAGCGGGCUGAGAGCCGCCGAGACUGCCCUGCCGCCUUUUGCCUCUGUCUGCGCGGUGCACCGGACCCGGGCUCUGUCACCUGGGCGGCAGGGAUCCCCGCGCCGGGAGCCAGAACGGAUAGGACCCUCCUUCUGUCUGCUGCGGCCGGAGGGCGCCCCCUGAGUGGAGCAGCCGCCGCCUUCUGCGGACCGCUGAGUGUCCGGCUCACGCCCGGCGCCCGGAGCAAGCGACUGCCACCGUCAGCUCGAGGAGGAGGGGGCGGCCAUGGGGCUGCUGUCCCAGGGCUCGCCUCUGAGCUGGGAGGAGACCAAGCGCUACGCCGACCACGUGCGGCGGCACGGGAUCCUCCAGUUCCUGCACAUCUACCACGCCGUCAAGGACCGGCACAAGGACGUGCUCAAGUGGGGCGACGAGGUGGAAUACAUGUUGGUGUCUUUUGAUCAUGAAAAUAAAAAAGUCCAGUUGGUCCUGUCUGGAGAAGAUGUUCUUGAAACUUUACAAGAGAAGGGGGAAAGAACAAACCCAAACCAUCCUACCCUUUGGAGACCAGAGUAUGGGAGUUACAUGAUUGAAGGAACACCUGGGCAGCCCUAUGGAGGAACGAUGUCUGAGUUCAACACUGUUGAGGACAACAUGAGAAAACGCCGGAAGGAGGCUACUUCUGUACUAGAAGAAAAUCAGGCUCUUUGCACUAUAACUUCAUUUCCCAGAUUAGGCUGUCUGGGGUUCACCCUGCCUGAGUACAAACCCAACCCAGUCGAAGGAGGAGCUUCCAAGUCCCUCUUCUUUCCAGAUGAAGCGAUAAACAAGCACCCCCGCUUCAGUACCUUAACAAGAAAUAUCCGGCAUAGGAGAGGAGAAAAGGUUGUCAUCAAUGUACCAAUAUUUAAGGACAAGAACACACCAUCUCCAUUCAUAGAAACAUUUCCAGACGAUGAGGCAACAAAGGCUUCCAAGCCAGAUCAUAUUUACAUGGAUGCCAUGGGAUUUGGGAUGGGAAAUUGCUGUCUUCAGGUGACAUUCCAAGCCUGCAGCAUAUCUGAGGCAAGAUACCUUUAUGAUCAGUUGGCCACUAUCUGUCCAAUUGUUAUGGCUUUGAGUGCUGCAUCUCCUUUUUACCGAGGCUAUGUGUCAGACAUUGAUUGUCGCUGGGGAGUGAUUUCUGCAUCUGUAGAUGAUAGAACUCGAGAGGAGAGAGGACUGGAGCCACUGAAGAAGAAUAAUUAUAGGAUUAGUAAAUCCCGAUAUGAUUCAAUAGACAGCUACUUAUCUAAGUGUGGUGAGAAGUACAAUGACAUCGACUUGACCAUAGAUAAAGAAAUCUACCAGCAACUUCUUCAGGAAGGCAUUGAUCAUCUCCUGGCCCAACAUGUUGCCCAUCUCUUUAUUAGAGACCCACUGACUCUGUUUGAGGAGAAAAUACAUCUGGAUGAUGCCAAUGAGUCUGACCAUUUUGAGAAUAUUCAGUCCACAAAUUGGCAGACAAUGAGAUUUAAGCCCCCUCCUCCAAACUCAGACAUUGGAUGGAGAGUAGAAUUCCGACCCAUGGAGGUGCAGUUAACAGACUUUGAGAACUCUGCCUAUGUGGUGUUUGUGGUCCUGCUCACCAGGGUGAUCCUAUCAUACAAAUUGGAUUUUCUAAUUCCACUGUCAAAGGUUGAUGAAAACAUGAAAGUAGCACAGAAACGAGAUGCUGUCCUGCAGGGAAUGUUUUAUUUCAGGAAAGAUAUUUGCAAAGGUGGUAAUGCUGUGGUGGACGGGUGUGGCAAAGCCCAGAGCAGCUCGGAGCCGGCUGCAGAGGAGUAUACCCUCAUGAGCAUAGACACCAUCAUCAAUGGGAAGGAAGGUGUGUUUCCUGGACUCAUACCGAUUCUGAACUCUUAUCUUGAAAACAUGGAAGUGGAUGUGGAUACCAGAUGUAGUAUUCUGAACUACUUAAAGCUAAUUAAGAAGAGAGCGUCUGGUGAACUGAUGACGGUUGCUAGAUGGAUGAGAGAGUUUAUAGCACACCAUCCUGACUACAAGCAAGAUAGCGUAAUAACUGAUGAAAUGAACUAUAGCCUUAUUUUGAAGUGUAACCAAAUUGCAAAUGAAUUAUGUGAAUGCCCAGAGUUACUAGGACCAGCAUUUAGGAAAGUAAAAUACAGUGGAAGUAAAACUGACUCUUCCAACUAAACUUCCUGCAGAAAGAGAAAUGCAUUACUGUUUGAUUGAAGGACUGACUGCAGGGACACUGACUCUCAGCCUAUGUGUAUGGUAUGAAGACCAAAUGAUAAAACUGCAGUGUUGCCUGGGCCAGAAAUUGAUUUAGAGACUUCCUUUAGUAGGUAAAUAUAGAGUUUAUACAGUGUACAUGUACAUAGUAAAGUAUUUUUAUGAUUAACAAUGUAUUUUAAUAACAUUGUAUCUAAAGUCAUUGUGAAUUGGCUUGUACAUUUUUGAAUUCUUACUCUGGAGCAAAUACUGUCUAAGCAGUUUUCUAAAUGUAAUGUGCUGAUAAUUGUACAAUACCUAGCAUUCCAGAGUUUAAAAUGUUUACUGUAAAUGUUCCUUUAAAGACUACCUGGGACCUGAUUCACCAAGAUUCAUAACUUUACUUUACAAACACUUUUCUUUUUUUAAAGUCUUCUUUGUAUGUACAUAAAAUUGCUGGAAUCCAUUGAGGCACUCAGUGGUGAUCUUGGAUUCCUGGCACCUCAUUUAUGAUGCAGCUGACCACCUUACCCCAGGCUUUCCCCACUGAUAGAACCCAUUGAACUCUGGAGGCUAUUUAAAGAAACUUUCCUUCUUAGUUGUUUUAAAUUUGCUGACUCAGGCAUUAAGUUAAGAGACAAUGCUGUUGGAGAAAGGGAGACUGUUGCCCAGAGUUCCUCUGUAGAUUUUGGGAGGUGUUUUGUUUGUUUGUUUUUGAACUAAAAAGGGGAGCGGCUCAUUUGUCAUCCUGUACACAGGCAGUCUGUCAAAAGCAGCAUCAGCUCUUCUGUUUGUUGGCCUGAUGUUCUGAUAGCUGCUCUUUGCUUAAAUUUCAAAUCAAUUGCAGUUGGUGAAGUUUGGUUUUGUUAUUCUUUCUCUGGUUUUCAGUAAGCAUAGUGAUGAAUUUUCUUCUAAAAGCUGAUUGCUCCAGAAUUUACCUGGGGUUAGGGUAAAUACAUAUUGCUUAUCUUUAUAAAACUCAUAAAUAAAUCAUGAAAUGCACUAAGUUUUGUGAAUCAGGACCCUAAAUGUUUAAUUGUAAAUAAUUUAAGUUUCUGAUAAUUUUUGUUAUAGCUUUUUGUUGAAGUUUUGUUGGCAUUUUUCACCCAGUUUGUUAAAAGUCUGAACUGCUUCAGAAAUAACUGUGUUAAAUUAUAGAUUAUGCAAAACCUUACAGGCACAGAUAUUUAAAGUGUAAAGCUAAUUUUAAGAGAUUGCAAUAAAGCUGCUUCAGCUAAAACUGUUUAUGUUUAAAUACUAGGGUCUGUUAUAUAUUUCAUACAUGUAUUUCAGAGGAUGAAAGAAUGUUUUUCCUUUACUAUUCGCUUGUAUAAAUCAAGUUGUAAAAAGGCUGAUAAACUAAAAUGUUUGUGGUAUGAGGAAAUAAAAGAAUGGAAUUAGCAUUCA